UGUUCUACAAUUAUUUUUGCUGUUCUUUUUUGCCCCUUUGUUUUAUUUCCCUUCUCAACAGAUUUUUUGGAUUUGUUUCACAUCAGAUAAAAACAAAUUGUCUCAAAGAAAGUCAACUUUUUUGUUGAAAUUUAAUGCAUUAUUAAAACAACAUUUUGAAGUUACAGCCAAAUUUUACCAGCUAACAUUUAAAGUAAGCUUUUGUUUUUUCCAACUAAAAUUAUUUUCUAUUCAUUGCGUAGUUACAAAGCGAAAGUGCCCUAAAAUGGUGGCCAAAGAGAACAUCAAAUGUGAGUGAAAUAAUUGAAAAUGGUAGUCGCUGCUUGUUUUUUCAUGCAUUUUUAUUUGACUUGAAUAAAGAAGUAUGGGGCUUGGACGACAGUUUGGUUGGCUGCUCAUUUCCGCCUUAUCAGUUAAAACAACACGCACAUCAAAAAAGGUUUGGAUUUUUCAUUGUCCUUUUAAUUCCACAUCUUCCGAUUGCCUAGAUUGCUUACAAAGAGGUAACAUUUGAAUGUAAAAAGCUGCUAUAAAGUAAGCUGCAUUUAAGACUUGUCCCUUGAGAUUCGCCCUGUUUGAGUUUUUUGCCUUUACAUUUCGUUCCCCAAUAACAAUAAGUAUGUGCAAAAAUAUGCAUUUGAUGUGUUUUAAUCUUUCAACACAAUUGUACUUGAUUGUUCAUAAGAUUUUCAGAUUUCAAUAGAUGAACAACAACAAUAAUGAAAAUUCUUCGCUUAGUCCAAUCACCCCGUCUACACAAUUGCCACGUGCUAGAAGCGCUAUUUUUCCUGUUAAUGAUUUGAGCACUAUGAACAAACUUUACAGCACAAGGUUAGCUGGCACUUUAUCGACAGAUGAUGAUGAUCCAGCUGUCCUAUUCCCUGUUAGUUCAUCAAAUCCGGGUACUACUGGUGUCAAUAGUUCUGAUAUGAUAUUUACUGAUCAUCAACGAAAACAAUCAAAUCCUCGUUUAAAAACAACUUCGUGCUACUUUCGAGAGCCUCAAAACCGGCAUCAGACGGUAUAAU